AUGGAUUACUUAGAUUAUGUUAGUCUUGUAAUUUUGUAUUUGAGUCUAGCGACGGAUUCUUCACUUGAAGAGACCUGUCCAAAGGUGAUUGGUAGAAAUCCCACAGAUCUUCCACGUAGAGGGGGCAACUGGGCCCAUUUGAUGACGGACAACACAUUCGCAUGUGCCGGUUACGUAGUGGCUUGGGAAUACUUUAGAUAUCGCCCCACUGGCACAGCGUACAUAGGGAUAUGGCGUAUAGACAAUGACAACAAAUAUACACUGAUUGCCAAAACUGCUCUACCACCAGCUGCUGCAGGUAAGAUCUGGUAUGAAGUCAACCCCCCUAUUCCCGUAAAUGAGAGUGAUUUCAUAGGGAUCCAUUACGACAAGUAUGACCUUGACGGUAUCGUAUCCGACUCUAGAGGCAACGAUGGUGUAGUGACAGAACCUGAGCUGUUUGAUACGAAAAACACUAAUAUCUUUGAACAGGACUUGGCAACUGGGGGCACAAUUGACAUUUCUCAAUUGCCAAACAUAAGGAGCACACAUGCUUUACAGGGACAUCUAGUAGCUGUUACAUGUCCAUCUCCAUCUGCCAAUGUGCCUCAUCCUACGGACUGUGGCAGCUUU